CUCUAUGGCUGCGGAGGACGCAUAAAGCCGAAAUACACGUCUUUGCGCAUAGGUAAACCUGUUAUCGCUAGACCAGCAGCACAACACGUACUCUUCGACAACCUGUACUAUUAAAACAAGGCUCCUUCAUGUAUCACAAGGAGAAGAGCAUCCAGAUCAAAAACAGCGCAUCGGCGCUGUAUAACAACCUGAGCGUGCUGCGCAUCGCUCCGAGGCGCCUCACCUACUUCACGGUGGUCCACGCCAACGUGGUCAACAUGGUCAGCUCCUCCUGGGACGGCCUCAACUACUCCCACCGCCAGCUGCAGUCCAAAGAACCUAAUGUGGCUACAAGCACGUCCCUCAUCAUGCAGGCAGCGUUCUGUGUUCUUCCCUCCCGUGAUCUGCUUGUGGUGACCUCUCAGAAGGGCAUCCAGAUGUAUGAAUCGGAUGGCUCAAUCAUGGUGUACUGGCAUGCACUGGAUACUCCAGAAACACCUACAGCACAGGCAGUGUUUGCUCGUGGAAUAUGUGCCGUAUCUGAGAAUUAUAUAUGCGUGGGUGUUUCAUCAGGUGCGAUUCUAGUGUUUGAUGUCCCCAGUAAAGGGAGUAACAUUACCCUGUCUGAGGAACUGGAGGAACACAAAGAGUCCAUCACUGAUAUGGCUUCAGAAACUUCUGGUAGUCAGGAGUGCAUAGCUAACCUGGUCUCUGCAGAUGACGAGGGAAACCUGUGUGUGUGGAAGUCCGGGGAGGAAUUUCAACUUCUCAACAAGAUCCCUGGUUUUGACAUGAGCUGCACAUCUGCCAAGUUGUGGAAAGGUAUCGUGGUCGCAGGUUAUGGCUCAGGUCAGAUCCGUCUCUUUGAGGCUGUGACUGGAAUUCUGCACGCUGAGAUCAGCGCUCAUGCUCGCUGGAUAUACUCACUGGACAUUGCUCCUUUUUCUGGACUGCUUCUGUCUGCUGCGGAGGACUCUUAUGUCAGAGUGUGGCACCUGGCCCUGACACCAGAAACCAACACUGUGGAGGUUGCUCAUUUGCAUAACGAGUGUGUGACGGAUACACAGAUCUGUGGUGCCAAGUUUUGUGACGGCGAUGGAUAUGCGUUUGCGGUGACGGGCUACGAUCUGAGUGAGAUUAUCCGCUAUGUGCAGUCGUAGGUCGUUGCCAGUGUUAAAACUAAGCAUAUGAGGGUAAAUUUGUUUAAUGGAUUUUUGGGGAAGUAUUUUUGUGUUUGUAUCUUUACAGAAGUUAGAAGAAUAUAGCCAAAAUAUUACAGUUUGUCUAAAGAUUUUGUACAUUAUAUAUUUACAGUGUUGUGUAGAUGCAGCUUAAAAAGUCAUUCCAUGAUGUGUAAUUUCUAAUUUCAAACAACAGUAAAUAUUUUAUUUAAAAUGA